AGACAAAAUGGUUUAACCUGUAUACAUCUACCAACAUGGAGGUCGAAUGUUUGAGAUCAGAGCCGAGUGACGUUUCACCAUCUGAUCAGGCAGCAAAUCAAACUGCUCGACGAGAUGAGUGUACAAAUGAAGAUAUCGAAUCACUGUUGUGCUCAACUGGUCCAGAUAAGGAAAAAUUAAAGCGGCCCAAAUUCACAUCUUGGUCACUAUUUGUUAUUAAGAAGAGACGAGAAGGUAUACAAAACAUUACUGCAAUUAAACGGCUGUACCAAAAGCUAAGUGAAGAAGAAAAAGUGAAAUUGAAACAUGAAGCUGAAUGGUUCAAAACUUCUGAAAUUUUAAACCUAAUGGAGUCAAAGAAACCCAAAGAGCAAACCGAAGUUUCAGAUGUUUUGAAAGAGUCCAACGCAGAUGAAAGGAAGACUGGGUCCGAGUCAAGUCUGCCACAGGAUGCAUAUAGUUCAUCCAUUAAAGUGGUCGAAGUGGAACCGAAUGUUUUAAAGUACGCUUGUGUGAGUGAUGAUUGUGGGCAGCUAUUUGACAUCAAGUGGCAGGCGGUGAUGCACGCGAGGCACUGCUCACUUUUGGGAAGCAGGAGGAAAGAGAGGGCAGAGUGUGUGGUGUGUCUGAAGACAUUCUCCAGUCACACUAACCUCACGCAUCAUCACAAACAAGCACACAAGUCUUUGUUCACCGUCAGCAGAACUGGAGACAGAAGUAGAAGGAGAGGAUUGAAACAUGCGCCUCGUAUCGCAGAGGAUGAUGUUCCAGACAGCCUUAAACAGUACCAGUACAUGAUGUCCAGUAUAGAUCAAACUAUGCCUGAUAGUGCAAUUAUUGAAGAACCCUCAGCAAUCUCCAUAGCUUCUGCAUCAUCGUCAUCAACGCCAAUGCAGCAAAGAGCUAGAUCGAUUGAAAGGGAGGUUAGACCUCAAAAAGAGACCAAAACGAACAAAAAGAGAUUCAGAUGCCAACUGUGCAAUGCAGACUUCGCUAGUAAAGUGUUCCUGAGCAAACAUUCGAUCACGUGUUUUCCCGUAAAUACACGUGAAUGUCGUGUUUGUGGCGAGGGAUUCACGACAUGGAAGGCUUUGAAGGAGCAUGUCGCUGCUAGCCACAAGAUCGAGGACAAGGUGUCCGAAGGUGCAAAGAUAGUUCCUGCAUCAGAGUCCGAAUUGGAUGAAGCGGACCAGGUGGACGCCUUGAAGCCAUACAUCCAGGGAUCCUUUGCCAGAUUCAAAUGUGAAGAUUGCGGUCAGAUUGUGAAGACGGUUGGUGCUAUUAAGAGACACUACAAAACAGAACAUGACAAGAAUCUAGAUGUCGAGGAGCUGAGCGAACUGCAAAUCGAUGACUCAGAACAAAAUGAGGACCAGCUAGAAAGUGUGAACAAGGAAGACUUUACAAAAACAGCUGAUAGUAAAAUUUCUGAAGAGAUUCUAUGCCAUGUAUGCUCAAAACAGUACACGACGAAAGGUCAUUUGCGGAAUCACAUGGAAAAAUGUCAUCGAGACUUGUCUCAAGAUUAUUUGCAUGAUUUUUUUGAACCAGGAAAAAGAAGAAGUAAGCGGAUAUUGACAGAAAAUUGUAUUCUGUGCACCAAAAAAUUCAGGACACGAAUUGCGCUGCUGAAUCACUACCACCAUAUUCAUAAAAUUAGGUCCUCAUCAUGGCAUCAAAUCGGAAACGCAUUGGAUGAAAUAAAUUCACUUCAGGCUGAUGUAUCUCCGUUAAAAAAGAGGAAGUUUACUACACCUCAUGAAAAAGCAGUUGAUAACAUGAACGUUGAUGAAUUCUCACAAAAUGGAAUCCAUGACGUUGCGGAAACGAACAGUAAUUUACAAAACGAGCCGAUACUUCUGGACGACAAUUUGGUUGAAGAUGAAGUGGAGGUCACGACAUCAGUCGAGGAGCCAAAAGAAUUUUUGGAUCCGAAUCAGGAUGUGGUAUCUCUGCUUCAAACAUUGGGAUCGCAAACAUCGUCUAAAUCUUCUGCGAUUAGCUUCCAAAAUCAAUUUGCUAGACGUGCAGCGCCUGGUUAUACAACAUCUUGUGCAUCCGAUAUCAACGCUCAGUCUUAUUCUAUCAAUGGGUUAGAUGACCUCUUGACCUUUGAUUCUUCGACUUCUGGUGAAACUAAUUUCAGUCGGCCAAGUCAUGCCGUGUGUAAAAUUUGCUUUGAAGCAUUUUCAACUUGGCACUUCUUGCAGACUCAUUACGCUCAGGUUCAUAAACUGCAUGUCAUAUGCCACGUUAUUUGAAGUUCGACUUUCAAAUGUUAUAUUUUGUUCACUGAAAUGUUAUAUUUUGUGUGUUGCAACUGAAAGAUGUCCAAGUUUAAAUAUGUCUGAUUUGCGAGAAAUAGGUAGUGAUAACUGCUUUAAUUGG